CGCGGUUUUUGUCCGACGCGGCCAGCACUCGAACAACACUGGUGGACAGGCUCAUCGGGUAGAGGUCUAGUAGUGUUUAUUUUGACUGAUAGCAAUGCCGCGCUUGCCAGUCCUUCGUAGUGUGCCGGUCGCAACCAAAGCGGCGUCCAAGCCCAGAUGGCGCAGCAACGCCCCGAGCGUCACCCGCAUCGCGUUCGGUAGCAUGCCCGAGCAGAAAAUCCGGAUACGCAGGCACCCACGGACACGCCUCCCCAUCCCCCACGUCAAGCAGCUCCUCGUCCGCGAAUGGCACCAGGACCGCAUGCUCGACCACUACCACACCACGCUCCAGGAGGACCUUAUGUACAUGUCCUACUUCCACGAACACCUCCCGCGCCCCCCGCCGCGCGCCAUCCGCCUGCGCUUCGACCCCGACGACCCGUACGUCAAGCACCGCGCGAACCCGCCCAUAGGCGGCACCACGCACCAGUUUAAGAAGCCCAUGCCGCCCUCCUCGCCGGAGAACGUCGUGCGCCUGGAGAAGAUCUCGCUGCAGAUCUUCAACAAGGAGUCCAUCACGAACCGCUCGAACCUGCUCGGCCCGAUCAUGGCCCUCCGCGCGCUCUCGGGCGAGACGGAGCGCGGCGGCGGGUACCGCACGAGUGAGGGCGUGCAGGUCAUCCGCGGGAAGAAGAGCGUCGGUGGCUGGAUCCGGAAGGGCAUCCCCUGUGGGGCGCGCGUCGACAUCCGCGGCGCGGAGAUGUACAGCUUCCUCUCCACCCUCACCGAGUUCGUCCUCCCCCGUAUGCGCGAGUUCGGCGGCAUCAAGCUCCCUACUGCGUCCUCCAGCCCCUACACCCCGAGCAUGACCUCCGGCUCGGUGUCCUUUGGUCUUCCGCCUGAGGCCUUCGGAUACUUCCCCCAGAUCGAGGUCAACCAAGACGCGUACCCCAAGUCUUACGGCAUGCAUAUCCAUUUCGUUACGAACGCGCAGGGUGUGGGCGCUCAGAACCUGGCGAGGGCGCUCAUGUCGGGACUGCAGAUACCUUUCUCUCGUCGUUGAACGUCAUGUACUAUGCGACCAUCGGCGAAUAGACCUCUACUCGUAUAUCACCAGCCUCAUACUCGUUGCGUGGUCAUAAUCAAGCAAAAUAACACGGGCAAGAGAUGACAAGGCUAUUUCUCGUCCUUCCUUUGCACUCUGAUCAGUAUGCAAUACGCUCAAGUCCAUACCUAUCCGCUUCUGUCGCAGCGAAGUCAGCAGGUGGCAACAACGUCGUACAAGACAGCGACGUACAUAUGGCAUACAAUACCUUAUGCUCGACGACACUGUUCGUAUCUUGUCAUUGACGGCGGAGGGCCAGUGGGCCUCUUCUGAGCCAUCUUCGCUUGCC